GGCCUGGGCUUCAGCAUCGUGGGCGGGGCGCGACUCGACACGCGGCGUCAUGGGAAUCUUCGUGAAGACCGUCUUCCCCGGGGGGCCGCUGCCAUGGAUGGCCGGCUGCGUGAGGGCGAUGAGCUGCUGGAGGUGAACGGGGAGCCCGUGCGCGGCCUCACCCACCUGCAGGCCAUCGCCACUUUCAAGCGGCUGCCCCGCGGCGUGGUGACGUUGGCUGUGCGCGCUCCUUUCUGCGGCGCCGCCACCUUUGACCUCGCCUUCGACGUGACCUUUGGCCUCACCCCGAGCUCCGGUCAUGUGACUGGGAAAGCGAGCGACCCCAUGGACCAGAUCGUCGUGGAGGUCACGCUUAUGAAAGAGCGAGGCGUGGGUCUCGGGAUCGGCGUGUGCUGUGUCUCAGCUGAGAGGGGCACGGGGGCAGCCGACCCCGAGAGGAGCCCGCGGGGGCCACGAGGGGCAGCAGGGCCCCCCAGGGUGUUCAUCCUCUCCCUCGCUCCGGGCUCCGCCGCUCAGCUCAGCGGGCGACUCAGGCGUGGUGACCAGGUGCUGGAGGUGGCCGGCCGCAGUCUGUGCCGUGCCGGCCGUGGUCUGGCCGAGGCAUUUGCGCUGCUGAGCGAGCGAGAGCCAGGGCCCGUGACCAUCCUCGUGAGCCGGCACACCGACCCCACGGUGUCGGAGCGAGCCAUGCACGAAGCCAUCCUGCGCCCCGGUGCCAGCUCUGCGGCGCUGGGGCCGAGUUCCACACUCACGACCGGAUCCAACCCGCGGCUGGCAGGGGGUUCUACACUGCGACCAG